AUGGGACUUUAUUAUACAGGUACUUUUUGAUAGUAACCUAACUCUCCCACUCUCCUUUUCUCAAGAGGUGUGACCAGACCCCACCCCCCUACUCACACAAAGGAGAAAAGAUUGAACACUAACAUCAAACAACAAACAAAAAAGACCAUGGUAAUGGUAAACCCUCUAAAUUAUUGGGGAAGACAAAAGAAUGAGAAAGAAAGCUGCCCUUUCUCUCGCUACUCCUCCUACCCCAAACAAAACUUUCCCAUUACAAAUUGUGGAAUGAAGAAAGAAUGGCAAGACAAGUGAGUAGUAGUAUAGUAGUAAUUGACCCAUCAAACAAACAAGCAUAACCCAUGUAAUUGUUAUUGUAGAUAGAUAGAGUGAGUGAGUGAGCACUGUGUUGUGUAUAUAGUAGUGUGUAAACUCUCCCCAACAGACAGACACGCCACUCAAUUAUUUCUGUCCAUUUCUUCUUCCCAUAUUGUUCUCGUGUGUUGUGUGUGUCAGUGUUUUGGUGUGUGUGUGAGUGAGAGAAAGAGAAAAAAAGAAAAGAAAAAGAGUGUCUUGGGGCGGUUUUGGUUUGAGUUUAACACUUUCAUUUCGAAGAUGCCGCGCCCAGGGCCAAGGCCUUACGAGUGCGUGAGAAGGGCUUGGCACAGCGAGCGCCACCAACCCGUGAGAGGUUCCAUCAUUCAGCAGAUUUUCAGGGUCGUCAAUGACGCUCACAGUCCCGCAACCAAGAAGAACAAGGAAUGGCAGGAGAAGCUCCCCGUGGUGGUUCUCAAGGCCGAAGAAAUCAUGUACUCCAAAGCCAAUUCCGAGGCAGAGUACUUGAAUCCUGACACGCUCUGGGACCGCCUCAAUGAUGCCGUUAACACAAUCAUACGGAGAGAUGAGACAACCGAGACAGGAGGCCUCUUGCCCCCAUGUGUUGAAGCUGCACUUAACUUGGGAUGCAAAGCCGUGAGAACUUCCAGAAGUGAUCGGCACAAUAACCCAAGGACUUACCUUUCUCCAAGGAUUCAACAGCCUCCUUGUCUGCCUCCUAAACCUGUUGCGGGGAAUCCCUUGAACUAUGCAAAAGUCACAACUCCUGCUGUGUCACCAAUUCCUGUGCCAGAUUCUAUCCACCCAAAUAGCAGGCUCAUGGGUUCCUCUAAGUACCCUUUCUCAGAAGGUAUCCCUUCUGGUCAUCACCAGCCAUUGACAAUGGAAGCUAGACCCUCAUUGAACUUGGGUUCAGUUUACCCUUUGUACUAUGGUUAUGAAGCCAGAGAACCUGAACCUUGGACGACUGCUAGAGAUACCACGUGUUCUGAUACAAUCUUUGUUGGCAGACCAGUCAUUUCAGUCCCUGAGCCUUCAGGAAUUGGUCUAUUGGAAAACUUCUCCUAUGGUAGAUUCCAUCACGUUGCAAACAGAAUGAGAAAAGAGACUGCUGUUGGCACUCAGGAGGCAGCACUAGAUAGGGAAUGUGACUUGUCUUUGAGGUUGGGUCAAUGUUUGCAUCCGUGUUCAAGCAGCAAAAGUAGUUCAGCAUAUGAAGUAGAUGAUGUUGGUUUAGGAGUUUCACCGGAAAGCUGCAAGUUUAGCCAUUUAUCCUUGCAGAGAAAUAGAGAGUUCUGUUUUUAUCCUAGAGAGACAGGUUAUGGCACCAUUGAGUCCACUUCUGGUAAAUGUAAUGUAGAGGGUGAAGAUCAGAAUUUAGAGGCAACUCUUCGGAAGCGCAAAGCACCUUUAUGUGGUAACAACGAGGAAGAUGGGCAAUUUUGCCGGAAUCCAGGGGUCCCAUCCAAUCGCUUUACUGGUAGGCCAGAAAGAAGGAAUGAGGGGGAUAUUGUUGCCUACCAUAAACAAUCUGUGCAUCAACAUUAAAUACAUGCUCUGCAAUGUGGAUCAGAAAUGCAAUUAUUUCUCAAGAGUGCCUUUACACCUGUCAACUAUUGAACUGCUCGGCUAAAGAUUUGCUCAAGAUCCUGUGUACUUGUCGGAUCCAUGGACCACAUUUAGCAGUCUCCAUGCUUGGAUAAUGGAUAUGGACAAGGAAUCAGUUUUAAGUCUAUCCGUUCAAGUGCAUCAGGAAGUGAGUGAGUUUCAAGACAUGGUAAAGGGAUAAUAAUAAUAAUAAACUUUGAGAUGUCUUACAUGGUAAAGGGAUAAUAAUAAUAAUAAUAAUAAUAAUAAUAAACUGAGAUGUCUUUUGGGAUGAUUAGCAUAAUUUUCUGCCGUACCCGGGGCCGAUUUAAAAUUGGCUUUUGCUCCCUUACAUUUUGGUGAAUGGACGUCUAAACCGUUAAUUA